AUGUCCCAAACAAACAUUUCUUCCGAUGGUGGCAAUAUAGAACUUGGUGCUAGCUUACUGACUAGUGGUAGCAAAUACAACAAGAUAUGGCGAAAAAGUUUAUACGUCGGAAUCAUGAUCUCCUUGAAGAAGCCUACGACUUUUAGUAGCAACUAUCAAGAGUCUGCAUCAUCACUGCCAUACACUUCAUUGCCUCAUAGUCCACCUGCUAGAACCUCAUCAACCAAAUCUUUUGUUUCAAUUGAUGUAGUCUCUCAUGUCCAAGAAGAAGAAGAAGGUGUUAGGACUGAUAUUGCUAGAAUUGUGAAGGAGAAGGACUUGAAAUCUCUUGUUGAACUUGGUGGAGUUGGUAGAGUUUAUCAUGUUCUUCAUGGUCUAACUCAACACUCGUCAGAGGAGAACCUUGGAGCAACCUUCUCUGGGUUUCUUUGGAAAAGCUGCAAGCAAAAUCUUUAUACAAUUUCAAUGUUGUUGAUUUCAGCCUUAUUAUCCUUUGCCACCGAGUUUAAACAGGAGGGGCCUAGAUAUGGUUGGCAUGACGGUGUUGCUAUGAUUUUUGCUGUUUUGCUUCUGAUUGCAUUCUCUUCAAUAACUGGCUUUUGGCGAGAAAGAAAAACAAUCAAGUUGGCAAAGAAAAAAGGCGAGGCGAUGAAAUGUAAUGUUAAAAGACAUGAAGAGUUCCAAGUGGUUGAUCUUACUCUUUCCAUGUAUGAUAUUGUGGUGGGUGACAAGGUGCGUUUGAAACCUCGUGAUGAGGUUCCUGCUGAUGGUUUGCUUUUGAGUGGUGACCAUCUUGUGUUGGCCGAGGGAAUGAAAAAUGAAAAAAUUGAUUGUGAAGUGAACCCAUUUCUUAUAGCCGGUUCAAAGGUGGUUGAAGGUCAUGGAUGGAUGCUUGUGACAUCAGUUCGAAACAAAUCAAACGCGAGUGAGAUCAAGAGAUGCCUUUUGGAAAAUCUCAUUGAGAAGCCAAUUUCAUACCUUGACAAAGCUUCUCUUUUUAUCUUUACACUUGUUGCACUUGUAUUGUUCAUUCGUCUAAUUUGUAAAAAGGACGGAGAUGAUGGCGGACUUCCAGAUAUUAAAGGGGAUAAUGUUUCAGUUAGCAUGUUAACAGAACUCCUUGAAAAUAUUUUUUCAAGACCACAAGGAAGGAUAGCAAUUUUAGCACAUAUUUUUAGUGUUAUAAUACUAUGUGUACAACAUGGAGUCCCAUUGAUGAUUACUUUAUCUCUCCAUUACCAAAAUGAUGAAGUAGUGAUUGAUCAAGAGGUUGUUCUUAAUGAUUUUUCAGCCUGUACAACAAUGGGGUUGGUAAAUGUCAUCUGCAUCGAUGUAUCUGGCGGUGCACUAAUAUUAAAGCCAAUGGAGGUCGGUGAAAUAUGGAUAGGGGAAGGGGAGACAGACAUCAACAAUAUUCAGGAAUCAGGAACAUGUCAGGUUGUACUAGAGAAACUUAAACAAGGAGUUUGUUUAUCAGUGCUUGCACCAGGACUAUCUCAUUCUCAUGUCUUCAACUCACUUGUUUCUUGGGCAAACACAACAUUGGAAAUGGACAUUAUAUCUUUCAGAGACAAUUUUCAUAUUGUUAAGCAUGGCAAACUGGAUUCCAACCAAGAAGGCAGUGGAGUUUUGGUGAAAAAAGUGAUUCAAGAAAUGGAGUAUAGGGGCCUUAAACCAAUUGCAUUUGCUUAUACACAAACACAGGUGCAAGAACUCAAGCAAGAUGAGAUGACCUUAUUAGCACUAAUAGGUCUCAAAUACAAAUGCCAAGAAUCGACAAAAACAGCUUUGAAAACCCUUCAAAAAAAUGGAGUACAUAUCAAAUUGGUUUCAGAGGAUGAUGACAUCAGGAUACUCAAUGCCAUGGCUUGUGAACUGGGAAUUGAAGUGUCGAUAGACGGUGGUCGCCUUGAAGGAAAGCAACUUCGUGAUUUGGAUGAUAAAGCCAGAUUGGUUAAAGUGGAUAAAGCCAUUGCAAUGGGAAGUUUCAGUCCUAAAGACAAGCUUCUCAUGGUAAAGUGUUUGCAAGACAGAGGUGAUGUGGUUGCAUUUAUUGAACAAAGAUUGAUGACUAAUCAUAUUUCAGACGUUUUAAAGCUAGCUGAUUGCAUUGGAAACAAUCGUGAAAUUGGGAAGAAGAAAUUCUCCCCUAACAGCAGUCCAAUUGAUUUGGGUGAAUGCACUAAUGUGUCCUCUGGGUGGCCUAAUGAUGGUGAUGGAAUUAAGUAG